AGAUCUAAAAAAUUAGCCAUAUAUAUAUCAUUUUCAUUGACAUUUUACUCACACUCAGGACAUAGAUUCAAGGGAGAUGGAGAUAGAGAAGAUGCUGGGAGAUGAAAUUGAAAGGUUCAUCAGGGUAUGGAUUUCAGCAAUCUUAUGUCUCUGUUAUUGUUAUUACAUAGCUUCUAGAAUACCAAAAGGCUUCUUGAGGCUUCUCUCCCUCCUCCCUAUUUUUUGUAUCUUCAUCAUUCUUCCCUUGAGCCUCUCUUCACCUAACUUAGUUGGAUUCACUUCCUUCUUCCUUGUUUGGCUUGGCAUUUUCAAGCUCCUCCUUUUCUCAUUCAACCAAGGCCCUCUUGCCCUAAUAUCAUCCCCAAACAUUGUCCAUUUCAUCUUCAUAGCUUCCCUCCCUAUCAACCUCAAACAACACCCUACAACCAAUGUAAACAUUAAUACCAACAGCACACAAAAGCCAAAAUGGCUUUUGGCCCUAAAAGUGCUUCUUUUAGGCUUGAUCAUACGUGUUUCUGAUUAUAAAGAAAACCUGCACCCUCGUUUCAUGUUAGUCCUCUAUUACUGUUACUUGUACCUUGGCUUAGAGAUUGUGUUAGUCCUUAUUGCAGCCUUGGUUCAAACUGUUCUUGGCUUUGAGAUUCAGCCACUAUUCAACAAACCCUACCUUUGUACGUCCCUUCAAGACUUCUGGGGUCGUAGAUGGAACCUCAUUAUUACUCGUAUUCUACGCCCCACCAUAUACGACCCCGUACGUCGUAUGUCUACUUGUUUUGUCGGUCCCUUGUGUGCCACGUCAACUGCCAUGUUGACCACGUUCCUUGUGUCAGGACUUAUGCAUGAGUUAAUGUAUUAUUACCUUACACGUGUGCCUCCCACGUGGGAAGUAACGUGUUUUUUUGUGCUUCAAGGUAUGUGCACGGUGGUGGAGGUGGUUGUGAAGAAGGCGAUGCUCCAUCGUGGGUGGCGGUUGCACCGUGCUGUGUCGGGGCCGCUCAUGGUGGUGAUCUUGGCAGUCCCAGGAUGGUGGUUGUUUUUUCCUCAACUAUUGAGGAAUGGUGUGGAUCGGAAGGCCACUGAAGAGUAUGAAAUUUUGGUGUAUUUUGUUGUUCAUUCUAGGUUACCAUACAUAUACGGAAGUCUUUAGGGUGAAUUGCUAAACUUACUAUGUUUUUAUGUGUGAAAAAAAAACAUCGGUUUAGUUGUAGAAUAAGACAUGUUAAAUUUGGAAAAUAAUGAGUGUGAUCCAAUAAUGGAAAACAGAAAAUAUGUGCAAUUCAAAAGUCUAAAAAUAUCGUGGUAUUACUAUUAUCACACUUUUAAA